AGGUGAGAAGUUCAUAAUCUAUGAAUCAUAAUUUAGUUUCCGUUAUAAUUUUACCGCAACUGCUAACAGAAAUCCGAAAACCCUAACAUUAAACACUUGCUUCCCUCCUUUUCUGAGACAAAAUUUGAGAGAGAUUAAAGUGAGAAGUGGCACCACCGCAAUUCAACAAACACCAAGGGCGACAACGUAGAACAAGAGCGAAAACUCAAUGGCGAUUGCGCGAACUGGCGUUUACGUCGACGACUAUUUGGAAUAUGCUAGCACUUUGCCAGCUGAGCUUCAAAGGCUUCUCAAUACCAUCCGCGAGCUUGAUGAGCGUUCCCAAGGAAUGAUCAAUCAGACAAGGCAACAAACGAAGUACAGCUUAGGGAUAUCAAGUCAGAACUCGAGAAAAGGGUAUAAUGGUGAAGAUGAUGAUGUUGGGGUUGAGAAAUUGCGCAAAGAAAUUGAGGGGACUCAGGAUAAUGCGUUAAGCCUUUGUACCGAGAAGGUUUUACUUGCUCGACAAGCUCAUGAUCUUAUAGAUAGUCAUAUAAAGCGUCUAGAUGAAGACCUGAACUACUUUGCUGAAGAUCUAAAGCAAGAGGGAAAGUUGCCACCGGAUGAGCCUGCCAUUCUUCCACCCCUUCCCAUACUUACAGCACCAAAACCUGAAAAGCAGCGGGGUGCAUAUGGAACCCCUCAAUCAAGGCGUUUUAGUUAUAGAGACAGGGAAUGGGACCGCGAGCGAGAUAAAGAUUCAGAGCUAAUGCCACCUCCUGGUAGCCACAAGAAGGAGUUCCCUGUCCCUGUCGAUACUGAUCAGCCUAUUGAUCCAAAUGAACCAAUCUACUGCGUUUGUCACCAGGUUUCAUUUGGAGAUAUGAUAGCUUGUGACAAUGAGAAUUGUCAAGGAGGAGAAUGGUUCCAUUAUGCAUGUGUUGGAUUGACCCCUGAAACAAGAUUCAAAGGGAAGUGGUACUGUCCAACUUGCAGCCCUCAGUUUCGGUCUUAAAUCACUUUUCUGAUUCAGUUAACUCAAAAGCCAGGGUGGAUUAGCGAAGUAUUAUUCAGUUCAGAAGUUGAUGGAUUCUGUAUUUUGCUUCAGCCAUCUUGGGUGAUCUUUGUAAGGCCGCAUUUUGGGCCGGGAAUUGGGACUUGAACCUGUUAUGAGCUGUCUUAAAUUUGUUCAGGAAUCACCAUUUUCGGGAUCGAUUUGACUGUUAUGGUUGCACUGUAAAUAUGACGGUCUACAAGACUUCAACAUUUGGUCUCCAACAGCUUGUAAUUGCUCGAUUGUCAUAAACUUCCUUGAUAACCCAGAAAGCGAAUUAAUCUUCUGACAAUAGCAAUGUACUCUCUAAAACACAAUAGCAAUGUACUCUCUAUGUUUCUUAAUACAUAGAUCAUGUUGACUUUUUCACA